AUGGAGCAGCAUCCCGGCCCCGAUGAUGCCUCGCUGCACAGCGAAUACCACAAUGAAGACCAAAACGACAACCAAAUCUUGGACAACCAACCCGUCCACAAGCUCAACACCCACGAUUUCACUAGCGUGGAGACCCUGCAUGUACCCCAAGCCAACAUCCACGAAGCAAAGAGUGCCGAGACUCUGAAUGUCGCCAAUGCCGAUACUUCCCUACCUUCCAAGAAGACUGCGGAGUGGAGCAUGACACCACAAGUGAUCCGGAACGCAGAACGUGAUGAAGCAGCUGGAUUCAAGAAGCGCGAGCUAGGUGUUACAUGGCAAAACCUAACCGUCGAUGUCCUUGCUGCCGAAGCCGCCGUCAACGAAAACAUGAUCUCGCAAUUCAACGUUCCUCAAUUGAUUAAAGAUUUCCGCCGAAAGCCACCACUCAAAUCGAUCUUGUCUGACAGCCAUGGAUGUGUCAAGCCCGGAGAAAUGUUGCUUGUGUUGGGUCGCCCUGGUUCAGGAUGCACCACGUUGCUCAAGAUGCUAUCAAAUCGCCGCGAAGGUUAUCAUACCGUGAACGGUGACGUGCGUUUCGGCAACAUGUCCCCUAAGGAAGCCGAGGGCUAUAAUGGCCAGAUUGUGAUGAACACAGAAGAAGAGCUGUUCUACCCCCGCUUGACAGUCGGCCAGACUAUGGAAUUUGCGGCCAGACUCAAGGUACCUUUCCAUCUACCAGAUGGAGUCAAAAGUGUCGACGAAUACACAGCCGAGACGAAACAGUUCCUUCUAGAGUCUAUGGGAAUCACUCAUACAGCCGAUACCAAGGUUGGAAAUGAGUUCGUCCGUGGUGUAUCCGGUGGUGAGCGGAAGCGAGUCUCUAUUAUCGAGUGUCUCGCCACUAGGGGUUCUGUUUACUCCUGGGAUAACAGUACCCGUGGUUUAGAUGCCAGUACCGCAUUGGAGUGGGCUAAGGCCCUUCGUGCCAUGACUGAUAUUCUCGGCCUUUCCACCAUUGUGACGCUAUAUCAAGCAGGAAAUGGAAUUUAUAAUCUCUUCGACAAGGUCCUUGUCCUUGACGAGGGAAAGCAGAUCUACUAUGGCCCUGCAGAUGCAGCUAAGCCUUUCAUGGAAGAUCUAGGCUUCGUAUAUACUGACGGAGCAAACGUCGGCGACUUCCUCACUGGUUUGACAGUCCCGACAGAGCGCAGAAUCAGACCCGGAUGCGAAAACACAUUCCCCAGAAAUGCCGAUGCCAUUUUGGCUGAAUACAAAAAGUCCAGCACUUACGACCGUAUGGUCUCAGCAUAUGACUAUCCCGACUCCGAACUCAGCCGCGAGCGCACAGAUGCAUUCAAAGAGUCCGUUGCGUGGGAAAAGUCCAGUCACCUGCCUAAGAGUAGUAGUCUGACUACCAGCUUUUGGGCUCAGCUCAUCGCAUGCACCAGGCGACAGUAUCAGAUUCUGUGGGGUGAGAAGUCAACAUUCAUCAUCAAACAGGUUCUGUCAUGCGUGAUGGCGUUGAUCGCUGGUUCUUGCUUCUAUGACUCGCCAGACACAACCGCAGGUCUCUUCACCAAAGGUGGUGCUGUCUUCUUCUCGUUGUUGUACAACUGCAUUGUUGCCAUGUCUGAGGUCACUGAAUCCUUCAAGGGCCGUCCGGUUUUGAUCAAACACAAGGGCUUUGCUAUGUACCACCCCGCUGCGUUUUCCUUGGCUCAGAUCAUGGCGGAUUUCCCGGUUCUGUUGUUCCAGUGCACUAUCUUCUCGGUCGUGAUCUAUUGGAUGUCUGGCCUGAAACAUACUGCGGCUGCUUUCUUUACCUUCUGGAUUAUUCUGUUCGCGACAACUCUGUGCAUUACUGCUCUCUUCAGAUUUAUCGGAUCCGCUUUCAGUAGCUUCGAAGCUGCGUCGAAGAUCUCAGGAACUGCAGUCAAAGGCAUUGUCAUGUACGCUGGUUACAUGAUUCCCAAGCCUCAGAUGAAAAACUGGUUCCUUGAGCUGUACUACACGAACCCCUUUGCCUAUGCCUUCCAAGCUGCGAUGUCGAACGAGUUCCAUGGCCGUCAUAUCCCCUGUGUUGGUAACAACCUGAUCCCAAGUGGCCCUGGCUACGAGGACGUUGGAGCCGAGAACCAAGCUUGUGCGGGUGUUGGUGGUGCUUUGCCAGGCGCAAACUAUGUGACCGGCGACCAAUAUCUUGGAUCACUUCACUACAAGCACUCUCAAAUGUGGCGGAACUUUGGUGUCGUCUGGGGCUGGUGGGGAUUCUUCGCCAUUUUGACGAUUGUUUUCACAUCCUACUGGAAAGCAGGUGCUGGCUCUGGUGCUGCUCUUCUCAUUCCCCGCGAAAAACUUAAGCAACACCACGCCGCCUCCGAUGAAGAAGCACAAAGUAACGAAAAGACUACCGCCCGCGAGACUACCGAUGAGCCCGUCGGGGUUGACGAUGAAAAUCUCACCCGAAACACGUCAAUAUUUACCUGGAAAAACCUCACAUAUACUGUCCAAACUCCCACGGGCGAUCGAGUGCUGUUGGAUAACAUUCACGGAUGGGUCAAGCCCGGCAUGCUCGGGGCCCUUAUGGGAUCUUCUGGUGCAGGAAAAACCACACUACUUGAUGUGCUUGCUCAGCGUAAGACAGACGGUACUAUCAACGGCUCUAUCAUGGUUGAUGGCCGUGAGCUCCCGGUGUCUUUCCAAAGAAUGGCGGGAUACUGCGAACAACUGGAUGUUCACGAGCCAUACGCAACCGUGAGAGAAGCAUUGGAAUUCUCUGCUCUCCUUCGCCAGUCUCGCAACACCUCUAAGGCAGAUAAACUCAAGUAUGUUGACACCAUCAUUGAUCUUCUUGAGCUCCAUGAUCUGGCAGAUACUCUUAUUGGUACUAUCGGGAAUGGACUCAGCGUCGAGCAAAGAAAGCGUGUCACAAUUGGCGUGGAACUGGUGUCUAAGCCUAGCAUUCUAAUCUUCUUGGACGAGCCCACCUCGGGUCUGGAUGGACAAUCGGCCUAUAACACCGUCCGUUUCCUUCGCAAAUUGGCUGAUGUUGGUCAAGCUGUUUUGGUUACGAUCCAUCAGCCUUCAGCGCAGCUCUUCGCUCAAUUCGACACUCUCCUUCUCCUUGCAAAGGGCGGAAAGACAGUCUACUUUGGAGACAUUGGAGAUAAUGCGGCCUGUGUUAAGCAAUACUUUGGCCAAUACGGGGCCCAGUGCCCUAUCGAGGCCAACGCAGCUGAGUUCAUGAUUGACGUUGUUACCGGUGGUAUCGAGUCUGUCAAGGAUAAGGACUGGCAUCAGAUCUGGCUCGACUCGCCCGAGCAAACUCGCAUGAUCACGGAACUGGACAGAAUGAUUGCGGACGCUGCUGCCAAACCCCCUGGAACAGUCGAUGAUGGAUUCGAAUUCUCUAUGCCUCUUUGGGAGCAGACCAAAAUCGUCACUCAGCGAAUGAAUGUCGCGCUUUUCCGGAACACCAACUACGUCAACAACAAGUUCUCCCUUCACAUCAUCUCAGCCAUGCUCAAUGGUUUCUCCUUCUGGCGCCCUGGCCCAAGUGUGUCAGCUUUGAAUCUGAAGAUGUUCACGAUCUUCAACUUUGUCUUCGUUGCUCCCGGUGUCAUCAACCAGCUUCAGCCUCUCUUUAUCCAGCGCCGUGAUAUCUACGACACCCGCGAGAAGAAGUCGAAGAUGUACUCGUGGGUUGCCUUCGUCACCGGAUUGAUUGUUUCCGAGUUCCCAUAUCUCUGCAUCUGUGCGGUUCUCUACUUUGCUUGCUGGUACUACCCCGUUUGGAGACUGCCUCAUGAUUCGAACCGAUCUGGCGCCACAUUCUUCAUGAUGUUGAUCUACGAGCUCAUUUACACUGGUAUUGGUCAAUUCGUCGCCGCCUAUUCGCCCAACCCGACCUUUGCUGCGCUUGUGAACCCCCUGAUUAUCAGUACUCUUGUCCUGUUCUGCGGUAUCUUCGUCCCAUACAUCCAACUCAACGUGUUCUGGCGGUACUGGAUGUACUACCUGAAUCCCUUCAACUACGUUGUCUCGGGAAUGUUGACUUUUGGCAUCUGGGGUGCUAAGGUCACUUGCAAUGAGGAUGAGUUCGCUUUCUUCGAGCCGGUCAACGGAACCACCUGCGUGGAGUACCUGUCGGAUUAUAUGUCUGGUGCUGGCUCGAGUAUUAAUUUGGUCAACCCCGACGCUACCUCGGCCUGCAAGGUCUGUCAAUACACAGAUGGAAGCGAUUUCCUGAGAAAUCUCAAUAUCAUGAACUACACCACUGGAUGGAGAGAUAUCGGUAUCUCGGUCAUCUUUGCCAUCAGUGGAUACGCUUUGGUAUUCGGACUCAUGAAGCUGAGAACCAAGGCCUCGAAGAAGGCCGAGUAG